AUGAAUCCUCCAUCACCAUGGAAGACUCCAAAUCAAGUAAUGCAGCUGCACAAGUUAAAAAAACGCAAAAAAGCAUUGCAGAAACGAAUGCAACAGCCGUCUACAUCGAUUGCUGUAGAAACAUCUAGUCAUAAGUCUACUGUUGAUUUAGACUUUUCAAGAAUUCUUAAUGGUGACAAAAGAAAAAAUCCAUUUUCUAAAAAUAAUGCAGAACCAAAUAAAAAAUCCAAACUAGAAGAAGCUCCACAAAUAGAUGAAUCAAAUGACAAGACCUUAUUUGCAUUACUAAAGAUGCCUACCAAAAUAAUUGACAAACCUGCACAAGAAGUAAACAUAGAGAAACUUGCAACAUUUUCAAACUUACUACAAAAAUUUACUGCUGAGCAUACAGUAGAAACGCAAGUUAUUGAAAAGAAAUAUAAACACCUCACAAUAGACUGGGCUCUUAAAACUAAAUUAAGGAUAAUGUCUCCUAAACCAUUUCCUUGGUCCUCUAAAUUGAAAGCCAGCGAAGAAGCUUCAGGGAUUACUGGUUUCGUCCGUUGUCUCGACACCGCGUCUUCAUCGACCCUGGAUACAUCUCCCCGGGCACGUUUUCACCAGGUCUGCUUGUACUGGCAACACCCACACCUGCCUUGGAUUAAUUUAUAUCCAAGGUCUUCGGGCAAAGUCGCAGCAACUAAUUUUAUGGCCAAUAAUGAGGAAGUGAAACAGGCACUGUUCACAGAGUGGACAGAAAGCUUCAGAUCUUUAUUUCAGCUGCUGCGCGCGCUGCACUGCCCGUACUUCUACGUGUGCGCGAACUCGUUCACGUGCGUGUUCCUGGCGGCGGGGCUCUGCGGCCGCGAGCCCUGCGCGCUGCUGGCGCCCACCACCCGCGGCCUGCGCCGCGCGCUGCGCCGGGACGAUGUAGAAUUUACAAUGCCCCUUCGACCAGACAGCAAAAAGAAGUUCAACAAUUCAGAUGAAGAUCGCGGGAAAAAUUCUUCUUUCGACAGUUGUUACGACACGAUGGAUGAUGUGAGAGAACAGGAUGUUGACAACUGUUCUGGCGAUGAAGAGGAUCCUGACCAAUUCUUAUCGCAAAUGGGCCUCGAAAAUGAAGAGAUUAAAAAGAUAAAUAAUGCGCAGGCGCGCGCGCGGCUCACGGCGGAGAGCAGCGCGGACGGCGCGGCGGCGUCGCUGGCGGCGGUGCGCGGCGCGGACGCGCAGGCGCUGUUCAACUUCCUGCUGAACUGCCGGUCGGCGGUGGCGGCGGCCGGGCCCUGCGCCGCCGUGCCGCCCACGCUGCUCGCGCCCGCCGCCUUCCACGGCGCCGCGCUGCAGUCGCUCAAGAUGCGAGAGAACAUAAUCCAGUCGGACAGCACGAAGUACUACUCGAUCGAGCUGCGCGGGCCCAUCCUGCCCAGCGCCGUGCACGCGCUGUGCGGCGUGCUGCGCGCGCGCGCCGACUACAGCGCCGUGUUCGCGCACCUCGCGCCCACGCUCGCCUUCACCUCCGCCGCCAGGAGGAUCGUCGAGGAAGAAUUAUCGAAACAAAAAGAACCUAACGAUUUUGCACAAGCGUUCAAUAAAGAAAAUCUAUCAGAUUGUGGCCUCAGUGAAGACGUGUUGAAGUUAUUUUGUUCAACCGACCCCAGCAAUGUGAAGCCUCUGGACAGUGUUAAAUAUAACUCGGAAGAUGAUACUUUUACUUGG